CAUCAUCGCCCCUCUCCUCCUCUCGAGCAUCUAAAAGCAGCCGUGAGCCUGCAGCUCUGGGUCUGCUGUGUUUGGGUGCAGAGGGUCCUGAUGCUGCUGCAGCAGAGCCAAAGAAAGAACCAAAUGAGCCGUCCCAACAUGAAGGGGAGCGCAGGUCUUCUCUUCAGCCUCGUCACCGCUGCAGUUUUCUCCAGUAUCUCUGCUCAGACAAUGAGAGAGUGUGAAAAUGUCACUGUGGGUGAUAUCGUCUUCCUAGUCGAUGGCUCCUUCAGCAUCGAUACUGAAAGCUUUCAGGAGAUCCGCACAUUUCUCCGCAAUUCCAUCAGGGGCUUUGACAUCGGCCCCAAAAAAGUUCAGGUUGGCUUGGUGCAGUACAGUGAUGAUCCCUCUCCGGAGUUCCAGCUGAAGGAUCACACGGACAAGAAAUCCCUGCUAGCUGCAGUGGAAAGACUUUCCCACCAAAAAGGUGGCACACAAACUGGCAAAGCCAUGGACUUCCUCCGGACGCAGUACUUCACCAAGGAGGCCGGGAGCCGAGCCGACCAACGUGUGCCUCAGAUUGCUGUGGUCAUCACAGAUGGGGUAGCCACUGAUGAGGUGGAGGAACCUGCCAGGCAACUGAGGCAGCACGGUGUCAUCGUGUUUGCUAUUGGGGUGGGACAGAUCAACCAGUCACAGCUUAGAGACAUCGCUAACUGGCCCCCGGACCGUUUCCUCCUCACCAUUGACAGCUACCAGGAGCUCCAGGCUCGGACAACCAGCCUGCUGAAAACUGUCUGUAACAGUCUGGAGUAUCAGACACAAGCUUUGGCUGACAGGUUUGCUGAUAUUUUCUUCUUGGUGGACAGUGGAACAACUCCAAGACAAUUUAAUGUGUUUAGAAAUGAGCUCAUCAAACUGUUGAAUGUGCUGGACUUUGGAGCGUCUGGUUACCGGGUCGGUUUGGCCCAGUACAGUGAGGACGUCAGAGUCGAGUUCCUUCUCAAAGCUCACCAAACCAAACAGCAGAGUCUGAGCGCCAUUCGACGUUUCCGACUACGUCCACAACCCAACCAACCACGAAACCUUGGAGCAGCUCUGUCCUAUGCUAAAGAUAACUUUUUCACUGCUGAGGCUGGGGGCCGGGCAGACCAGGGCACCCCGCAGUAUUUGGUUGUAGUGACCGGGAAAGAUUCAGAUGAUUCCGUGUUUUGGUCUGCGAAGGAGCUCAAAGAGUCGGGAGUCAUUAUUGUGGGGGUGGCUGCAGGUGCGACGCAGGAUGCACUGGACCGCUUUGUCAGCCAUGAUUUCGCAUUUGAUUCUUCCAAAGUGAAUUUAUUGACUGACUUGUUCAUAACCCGGAAAGUGGAGAAUGUCACUGAAGAUUGCAAAAGAGCCAACGUUGCAGACAUUGUGCUCAUUGUUGAUGAGUCCGGAAGCAUUGGAGACGAAAACUUCAGGCUGAUACGCAUUUUCCUGCACUCGGUCAUCAGCGGCCUGGAAAUUGGCAAAUUUAAGAUCCGAGUAGGCAUUGUAACGUACAACAAUGUGCCAACUGCACAGGCCAACCUGAACACAUUCAGAGACAAGAAUGAAAUUCUGCAGUUCAUCAACCUCCUGCCUUACCGUAAGGGUGGCACAAACACUGGAGCUGCCCUGCGCUUCACCCUCAAAAACAUCUUCACUGAUGAAAAGGGCAGCAGGAAGGAUGUCCCGAAGAUAGCAUUGGUGAUCACAGAUGGUAAAUCCCAGGAUAAUGUGAGUGACGCUGCAAUCGCUCUCCGGCGAGCUGGUGUCACAGUUUACGCUGUUGGAAUCAAAGAAGCCAAUGAAACAGAACUUUUGGAGAUGGCAUCUUACCCCAAGUCUAAGUAUGUUUUUACUGUGGACAGUUUCAUCAAGCUGAAGCCUCUGACAGAAACUCUGCAGACAACCCUGUGCAACACCAUCAUCCAGAUUGGAGUCCAGGACAAGGAAAGCCAAACGGACGUCAAAGAAGCAUGUGUACAAACAGACCAAGCAGACUUCUUCUUCCUGAUGGAUGACUCAGGGAGCAUCGAAAAUAACGAUUUCUAUGACAUGCAGAAGUUCAUCAUUGAGUUUCUUCAUACCUUCCGCAUUGGGCCACAACAUGUUCGCAUGGGUCUGGUGAAGUAUUCAGAUUCACCUUCUCUGCAGUUUGACCUAACAGAGCACUCAGAUGCUAAGAAAAUGGAAAAAGCUGUGGAGGGAAUACAUCACCAAGGAGGUGGGACACAAACAGGAAGAGCACUGUCAUCCAUGAAAGUACAUUUUAAGAAUCCAAAGAACAGUCGUGGCUACACAGUCCCAGAGUACCUGAUUGUCAUCACUGACGGAGAAUCCCAAGAUGAAGUUAAAAUUCCUGCAGAAGAAUUAAGGGCACUGGGUGUCAUCACCUACGCCAUCGGGGUGAAAGGCUCUAACGACACACAGCUGACUGAGAUUGCCGGGGAUCCAAAGAGAAAAUUUUUCGUCAGUAAUUUUGAUGCCUUGAAAUCCAUCAAAGACAGCAUCAUCAGAGACAUCUGUUCUGAGGAAGCUUGCAAAGACAUACCAAGCGACAUAAUUUUCUUAACUGACAGCUCUGAGAGCAUCUCUGAGAAGGACUUUCAGAAGAUGAAAGAUUUCAUGACAUCUGUUAUUAGCAAGUCCAUUGUUGGGCAGAAUGAGGUGCACAUUGGUGUUAUGCAGUACAGCAGCAGUCCAUACCUGGAGUUUGACCUCACGCAACACUACAACCAGAGCAGAAUACUGAACGCCAUCGAUAAAAUGGAGCAGAUAAAGGAAGGCACUCGCACCGGCAGGGCCAUCACUGAGGUUUCCCAGUAUUUUGAUGCUGCCAGAGGAGGACGUCCUGAGAUAAAGCAGUUUUUGGUAGUUAUAACAGAUGGUGCAUCCCAAGAUGAAGUCAAAGGCCCAGCUGAUGCUCUGAGGGCUAAAGGAGUGGUGAUCUAUGCCAUUGGAGUGUAUCAGGCAAACAGGAAGCAGCUGCUGGAGAUCAGCGGUUCAUCAGAAAGGGUCUUUAUUGAGAAUGCCUUUGAUGCACUGAAGGAACUAGAUAGCCAGCUGGCCUUGAAGUUCUGUGAUCCACAGAGAGAUUGUAAAAAGACAGAAAAAGCUGAUAUAAUUUUUCUGGUGGACGGUUCUACAAGCAUAGAUGAUGACGAGUUCAAAAGCAUGCAAACAUUUAUGGCCUCAGUAGUGGACCAGAGCACAGUUGGUGAGGAUCUGACCCGUUUCGGGGUCAUUCUCUACUCUAACACAGCCAAAUCCAGCUUUACUCUAAAAGAAAUGAACUCCAAAGGAAAAGUUCUUGAAGCAGUAAAAAAGUUGGAAGCACCAAAAGGAGACACCUACACAGGUGCUGCCUUGAAAUACUCCCUGGACUUCUUUAAUGCUCAACAUGGCGGUCGGAGAGAACUCAAGGUGCAUCAGAUUCUCAUGGUGAUCACAGAUGGAGAAGCGACCGACCCUCAUGGACUGAAAGCAGAAUCUGAUGCACUGCGGGAAAAUGGGAUCACAGUCAUCAGCAUCGGAGUGAUGGACGCAAAAAGGGAGGAGCUGGACACCAUGGCUGGUGGCGACACAUCCAAAGUUUUCUUUGUGGAUAAUUUUAAGGAGUUAGAAACUCUGUACAAGGAAGUUUCUCCUGUCAUCUGCAAUACCACUAAGUCAGAUUGUGAUCAGACAGACUUGGUCUUCCUGCUCGAUUACUCGAGCAGCAUCACCCCAGGAGAUCAUAAAAUUAUGAUAAACUUCACAGCAGAUGUGGUGAACACCUUUGAAGUUAGUGAAAAGUUUGUGCGUGUCGGACUUGCACAGUUCAGUGAUAAUCCUCAAGAUGAAUUUUACCUUAAAAAGUACUACAACAAGGAGGCCAUGAUCAGACACAUCCGUAACUUGGAACAUAAUGGUGGAGACACCUAUAUUGGAAAGGCUUUGAGUCAUAUCAGGAAAUACUUUGAUGAAUCAGGGGGAGGACGCAGAGGAGUUCCCAAGACCCUGGUGUUGGUAACAGAUGGUGAUUCUCAUGAUGAUGUGGAAGAUGCGGCAAAACAGCUCAGGGAUAUGGGGGUUUCAAUACUUGCCAUCGCUGUUGGUGACAUCUAUUACCUACAGCUCCUGCAGAUCACUGGCACACCAGAGAAGGUGUUUGAAGUCCAGAACUUCAAUAGCUUGGGAAAUAUUAAGAGAAAGAUCAUCGAUGAUAUCUGCAUUUCUCAACCUCCUGAAGUUGAUUGCAGCAUUGACAUCGCAGUAGGAUUCGAUAUUACUGACAGAAAUGGACUCGCUGAGAUCAGUGGCCACAUUCCCCACCUGGAGGAGAUUGUCCAUUACAUUUCAUCAGUGAACGACUUGUGCUGUGUUGAAAGCACCCCAGUCCAGACCAAAAUCGCCUUCCAUUUGGUAGAUCACGAUGGAAGCGCAUUGUACGACACAAACUUUGAAGCUGUCAAUAAGGAUGUAUUGAAGAAAGUAUUGACCUUGGGGUUGUCGCAACCUACCUACUUUAACUCUGCCCUGUUGAACUUCUUCAAGGACAGGUUCAAAGCCAAGUCUACAGCUAAUGUCAAGGUGCUGCUGAUCUUCUCUGAUGGUCUCAAUGAAGAUGCGAUGAAACUGGAACAUGAAUCUGAGCUGCUGCAAAAGUCUGGAGUCAACGCUCUGAUAGCCGUGGCUCUGAAGGGUGCCGACCCCACUCAGCUGCAGAUGGUGGAGUUUGGUCGCGGGUUCGGAUACUUGCAACCUCUCAGAAUCAGCAUGCUGAACAUCGGCAGCUCUCUCCUCCAACAGAUUAGCACUGUGGCCGAUCGGGAAUGUUGCAACGUGAAUUGCAAAUGUUCAGGACACGAAGGCAUCCAAGGUCCUCCAGGAACACCGGGAGAAAAGGGUGAGCCUGGAGAGAGGGGCCAGCCGGGUUUCCCAGGAGAUGAGGGAGUCAUGGGCGAUCGAGGGCCUCCUGGACCGAGUGGACCUCAGGGGAUCGAGGGCUGUCCUGGAGCCAGAGGACAGAAGGGCUACCGAGGGGUCUCAGGCAGCAGGGGCGAGAACGGAGAGGAUGGACUGGAUGGAGUAGAUGGAGAGCAGGGCGAGACGGGACUGGAUGGACUGAAAGGAGAGCGAGGAGACCCCGGAAACCCAGGUAUCCCGGGAACCAGCGGCGAGCCGGGGCUGAAAGGACAGCGGGGACUGAGAGGAGAUCCGGGCACCCCAGGUGUCGACAACACCAGCCCAGGACCCAAAGGAGACCCCGGCAGCCCAGGGAGACCAGGUGAUCCUGGUCAAGAUGGAUAUGGAGGUGACAGUGGAACUGGUGGAAACCUGGGUCCUAAUGGGAGAAGAGGCCCCAGUGGUGAGAAGGGGUCACCAGGUGAUAAAGGAACCCGAGGACCUUCAGGUAUUCCAGGUCCCGCCGGUCCACAGGGAGGCAGAGGGAACGGUGGGGCACGUGGACCCAAAGGAACGCCUGGAUUCCCCGGACCUCAGGGUGAACAUGGAUUAGUUGGAGACCCGGGGCCACCUGGAAGUCGUGGCCCUAAUGGACAGAAGGGCCAACCAGGAGAUCCAGGUGUAAAGGGUGAUUCUGGAUCACAGGGACCUAGAGGAAUGCCGGGUCUGGAUGGCAGAGACGGAUUUGGACCCACAGGACCCAAAGGCGCUAAAGGAGAUCCUGGUUUUCCUGGUUACCCUGGUUUACCGGGUGAGGAAGGUCUGCAGGGACCCAAGGGGUAUCCAGGACCCAAAGGGAACCAAGGUCGAGGGGGGAACUCAGGUGUGUCAGGAGAAUCAGGUGUGUCUGGAGAUCCAGGACAUCCAGGACACAAAGGUCCAAAAGGUCAUCCUGGAGGCAGCUCUAUGACGGAGUGCCAGCUGAUCAACUACAUCAGAGACAACUGUGUUUGUUCACAUGGUCAGUCAGAGUGUCCGGCCUACCCCACUGAGCUGGUGUUCGGCCUGGACAUGUCUGUUGAUGUGACCCCGGCGGCCUUCGAGAGGCAGCGCUCCGCCCUCCUCUACCUGCUGGAGGACAUCAGCAUCGCUGAGAGCAACUGUCCGCGUGGUGCUCGCAUCGCUGUGGUGGCAUACAACACCUACACCAAGUACCUGAUCCGCUUCCAGGAGCAUCAUCACAAGACUCAGCUACUGGAAGCUGUGAGGGGCAUCGCCCUGGAGAGGACAUCCAACAAACGCCAGCUGGGUGCCACCAUGCGCUUUGUGGGUCAGAACAUCUUCAAACGAGUCCGAGCAGGGUUCAUGGUGAGGAAGGUGGCCGUCUUUUUCACCAAUGGGCCGUCCAGUGACAACAGUGACAUACUUGCUGCCAUUAUGGAGUACCGGGCUCUUAACAUUGUCCCAGCAGUCAUCUCCCUGAAGAACGCUCCCGAGAUUGGUCGUGCAAUAGAGGUUGACGACACAAGAAACUCCAUCUUCACAGUGCUGAGGAGGGCACAGGAGAUGGCUGCUGACCUGAGGACAGUCAAGAACUGUGCAAUCUGUUACGACCCCUGCAAGCGUUCAGAGGAAUGCAGCUUCAUCCAGGACCCCCCCAGGCCUCAGCAGGUGGAUGUGGACCUGGUCAUGGUGCUGGACAGCUCCAGGGAGAUGCAGGCCGACGAGUACGCUGGUGCCCAGCAGCUGCUGAGCUCAGUGGUGGAGCAGCUGGCUGUGAGUCCUCAGCCUCGCAGAGUGGACAACCAGGCCCGAGUAGGUCUAGUCCAACAGAGCAAGACCCAGAUCACCAAGGAAGAGUUUGGCCUGCAGACCUAUCAGAACAUCGACCUGAUGAAGAGACACAUAAUGCAGAAGAUGCAGCAGCAGGGUGGCUCUUCAGCUCUGGGACAGAUACUGGACUACACCCUGAGGGAGGUGCUGCUGAAGGCCAGCCAGCCGCGUAAGAGGAGGGCUCUUCUGGCUGUGGUGGGCACCAAGACGGCCUACAGGGACCGGGCCAGGCUGCACUACAUCUCCCAGAAGGCCAAGUGUGAGGGGGUGGCACUGUUUGUGGUGGCGGUCAGUGAUCGUUGCAACCGGACACAGGUGGAGGAGAUGGCCAGCGUGCCAAUACAGCAGCACCUGAUCCAAUUCAGCACGCUGAAGGCUGACGAGCAGGGCUAUGCCCAGCGCUUCAUCAGAGUCUUCCUCUCCGCCCUCAACAAGGGAGUGAACACUUAUCCUCCACCCUCGUUUAGAGCGACCUGCAGCCAGCUGUCAGAGCCAGAUGAAGAAUUCUACUCCAUAAACGGUCAGGGCUCCGCUGAUCAGGAGCUGGAGUUUUCCGAUCAGGAGGUGAGCCGGUUUCAGGAGCAGACUGGAGUCACGACUGGAAACUGGAGCAUCCUCGAGACUCUCAACACAGGAGAGAGUUCACCCGCUGGGGCUGACCUCACAGAUUUGAAUGCUGUGCUGACGAAGCAGCCGGACAGCUUUGAGUCCAAAGACGUCUGUCUCCUGAGCGAAGACAGCGGCGACUGUCAAAAUUACACCAUCAAGUGGUUCUUCGACCACAAACGAGGUGCCUGCUCUCGCUUCUGGUACGGCGGCUGCGGCGGCAACAAAAACCGCUUUGAGACUUGGGAGGAGUGCGAGAGGCUGUGUCUGACAAAGCACAGAUGAGGAGUUAUGGCACCAUCCUGCACUGAACCUGAAUCAGGAACCUCAAUCAAACACAUGGAUCUUCAAGCAGAAAGAGCAGGGCGGCCUCAGAGCAGAUUUGCCCACAGCUGAGUCUGCUCUGGGCUGGUUUACCUGCCGAAACACGUCCAGGAUGGUUUAAACUGUUCCAGGACUGAAAAUCAUCACCAGAAGAUGCUUUCUCUUUGUCACGUGCACACUUAUUUUCUCCAGCCCCACCACAACAGUAUCUUCUGACAUGUUUUCUCUAGAGCUUCUUUUCUGCAGCAUGUUAAUCGUCCUGUUACUGUUUCUGACUGGUGCUCAUGACAAGAUUCCUUUAAAAGAGUUUCUUUUUUUUUGUUUGUUUGAUGUGAUCAGGUGCUGUUUUUUUAAAGGUACUUAUUGUAAAUGUCUGCAUACAAUAAUUCUUUAAAAGCUUCUAAAAUGACUAAAACAGUGAAGAGUGUGUUUUUGUAAAAUGUUGCAGGGAGUCAAUGAAACAUUUAACACGUUCUUCUUUACAGUGGCAGCCUGGUGAAAUGCUGCCCCCUGGUGGGGAAAGUCUUGGGUACAUUCUGCAGAAAGCAACACAAAAGUACCUUUAAAAUAACCAAAUAUUUCCAGGGGGUCGCAGAGCCGCUGGAGCAGAACCUCUGCUCUCAUCGCUCUGAUACUGUAGCUAUG